AUGAGCUUCAAGAGCCUCUGGCUACCUGCGAUUGGCGCAGUAGCCUGCGUCACUAUCAUAACCUUCGCCGGGGUUCAGGGCCUUUUUCCCCUGCCUUACCUCAUUGUCACUGCUGCGAUCCCUGCACAGAUAGUUGCCCUCAUUGCUGCACGUCUGUCCAUACCAUCAGAUCUCAUGACUGCAGAGAUUCGCAGGUGGUGGAUGUACGUGACCUUCGGCUUCAUAGCUUAUCCUUCGCAAAGCAUGUUGUUCAUGCUUUGGCUGGCCGUAUUCCCAGAACUCACGGAGGUGUUGCAGGUGCUGAGCAGCUUCGCGAUGAACGGUUUGCUCGCAGUAUCGGCAAUCAUCAUGGAGAGGAUUGGGCUGUGGCUGGACCUACCGGUCUACCUCUUGUACGAGAUCAAAGUCAUGAUUCUGUUCGUGUCAUUUCUCUACACAGCUGCGAUGCUAGCCAGCGCCAAGUCCUUCACUGUGCUCGCACUGAUGCUUGCCCAGGAUGCAGCCAAGGCAGUGGCAAUCUUUCUGAGAAUGUGCUUUCAUUUGCUAGCCAUCCUUGAGAUCGAGCACGCAUGCCAGAACGAUUCGCAUGCAUGCGAUUCUUGCUACUGCUCAACUUUCGGAUCGUUACUAGUUUCUCCAAAAGAGCUGCUGGCUCUCGGUCGACGGAAGUGGUCCUUGAUGUCCGACGUCCAGGAUAGACUCCGCGACAUCUUCGCCAUUUUUGAGCUCCACAGCGAACGCAGCCUCCAAGAGGCCGAUCUCGCGCUGGCCGAUGUCCGCCUUCUGGGCGGGUUUACCAGAUGUAUUGUCCAUUUCGGUUUGGUGGAACUUUGUGAAGUGGUCGUACCGCUCCUGUACAUGAUCUUGGCGACACUGCUGCACACACUGGCAGAUAAUCGGGAGUAUGUCUAUCUAUUCAAUGACAUGGAGCUGUGGCCAGCUUUAGCGGGAAAUGGCUUUGGCCUCCUGAUUGAGGUAUUGGUCUUACUGCUCCUCCAAACUGCACUUUCUCGACUGAUCGGCUUCAAUUUGCUAAAUUUUGUGGCCCAUGUCUUGAAAAUGGACUUCAGCUACUGGAGCGCAAUUCUUGCCACAUGCUUGGAAGGCUGGAUCAUUGUGCUGCUCUCUCAUGGAG